AUGAACCAUAAUACUAAGGUUUGGGAUAAUGAGGCCAAACCAACAUCUGAGGCUGUUUCUUCUAUUCUAGGUUGGUAUGCUGAAUACCGUGAGGUACAUGUCAGUAAUAAUGUGCCUAUUCCAGUGCCCAGAGUUGGUUGGCAAAAAAGUGGAAUGGUCAAACUUAAUGUUGAUGCUGCUUUCGAUAACCCUAAUAGUUUAACAGGAAUUGGGGUUAUUUUCCGAGAUGCUGAUGGAAUCUUUCUUAAUGGUUUUCAGCAUUCUUUACCUAAUGCAGCCUCUUUAAGGCAUGCAGAACUUCAUGCACUGAUGUUGGAAUAUGCCUUAUCAUAUCACUUAGUGUCGUUGAUUGUGGAAACUGAUUGUCAAGAGUUGGUGUAUGCAAUCACAGGUCAUUCCCUAGACCAUUUUGAUUUGGGUUUCUUGAUAUCAGAUCUGAAACAGCUAUUACAACAAACUGAUUCCGCCAUUCUUUGUCAUGUCAAGAGGGAAGGUAACAAGAACCGCGGCCCCAGCCACAGCCACACGCACAUCCUUUGCUUUUCUGCGAAAUCCAGGGCUCUGACGAACGGCAUCACAAAUUCCUUCUCUUUCUCUUUCGGAGGGAAGACAUUGCUUGCAAAAACAGUAGCUCGAUUUGUGAAUGUGCCAUUCGUCAUCACUGAUGCAACAAAUUUAACACAGAACUACAAGUUCAGAGGCUCUGCAUUCUGUUGUUUGUACCAGUUAUUGGUGGGUGAAAGAAAUUUUUCAUUAUGAGAAUUCAGAUCUCGCAUCUAUCUGUGCUGUUUGUGUCAGGUAUGAUAUUUUGGAGUUAAUGGUUUGGAUUGGAACUAUAUUAGACAGAUAUCCAAGAGGGGAGUGUUUUAUUUUUUAGAUAAAAUGUGGCAUAUAUGUUUCAUUUUCACUAAUAGUAGCACAUAGGCUUUGUAUAUCAAAUACAAAAGUUCAAAACAGAUGGAAAAGAAACAAAUUAAAGAAGUAAAGAAGGGAGUUAUGGAGUGAUCUGUGGGAAACAAAAGUUGCAUCUAGACUAGAAAUCAUUGCAAUCUAAUGGGUAUAUGCUGUCAAGCUUCUAUACAUAAAGAUAAAGUUGCAUGUGUGUUGUUCAGGUUACUGACUGUCGCAGUUUAUAGCAGUUUAGUUGCUCAAAAAUUGAGUACUCUCACAAAAUUAUAUGUAUAUUUGAAGAGAUUGAACUACUGCAAACACAUCAAUAUCAAAAAAAAAAAAAAAAAAAAGGAAAAAGAAAAGGGAAUGAGGAAGAUAUGAAAUUACAAAAUCUUAUAACAGAUUUGACACCGAACGUACAACAAUGUGUACCAAAGCAUGUGUUGAUUGUGUUCAACUUGGAUAUGCUGAUCUUCUUCCGUU